AAUGAAAAGUUUAAUCUCAAUAAAUUCAAUCUCUUGGCCUCCGAUCGCAUUGCUCUCAACCGAUCUCUUCCUGACGUCCGAAUGGAUGGGUGCCGUCGCAAACAUCACCCAAAACUGCUUCCCUCCACGUCUAUCGUAAUCGUAUUUCAUAACGAAGCCUGGAGUACCCUAUUGCGCACCGUUCAUAGUAUUAUCCGCACGUCUCCGGAGGCACUCAUUGAAGAGAUUCUGUUAGUGGACGACGCGAGUGAAAGAGGUCAGGUAGAUGUGGUCUAG